AUGCCGCUUUACAGACUAACAUGGUGUUUAUUACUUUGCUGUUUCGUCUUCGCCACAUCAGGCUUCCAGACGCUGAGACUGACGCCAGACCGAGGCACCGUUGUCAACAUCAGCAAUACGGCCAAAGGGUCAUUAUGCAAAGUGUGCUCCGGGGCGGGGCGCAAGUGUGACAACUCACUAUUGUUAAAAAGUGGCACCUCUGUAUCAGUGGAGUUCAAUUGCCCCCAACCUGAACGUGUAUUCAUGGUGGAGAUCACACGAAACAUAGAAUGCACCACUAAGUCAUGCAAUGAUGACAUCAGUCAUGGUGGUUCGAACUUGGAUCCAUGGUUGGAGUUUCACCGCAGGUUCACCUGGAACCUAAGAUCUUCAGGACCAAAGUCGGUCCAAAUAGACUUCACCAAGAUGAGCUUGAGACAGAUUCCUCCAUCUGAAAACUGUCCAGAUAAGCAUACCUACACCUUCAAGGUCUUUCAGGCAACAGGGACUGUGGCCAUUGGCACAUAUUGUAAGACAGGCCCAAUAAGCAGCGCACAGAUUCUAAGACAGGGCAGCUUCUCUCUGGAUGUCCCACCAGAACUAGAGGUCCGAAGAGACCAAUUUGCCGUGUCUGUAGGAGAGGAAAUCAAAUCUCUCGCCAAAAUCACAGUAUCUUUGCCACAAUCAACAUCUUCCUUGGCGUUGUUGUCUCCUAACUUCCCUGAGAGUUUUCCCGACGAUGACGUAAUGGAAUGGUACUUCGAGAUCUCGAAUAAACAACGGGCAGCAAUUGAAUUCCUUGACCUCACAGAGCCACGGUGUUUGAAGAAGGAAACUGCGGCCGAGUAUCACAGCAAAGGCAGGCGGGCGCUGGUAAUGGCCUUGGCGGACACCCAGCCAGUCCAGAAUCAAGGAGACUUUUCUCUGAUUCUGAGGAACUGUGAAAUGGACAGAAGACGAGCUGGUUCUCCUGGACUGUCCCUGAAACUUAAGGUGUCAACUUCAAGGGUGAACGCACCAGUGUUGUGUAACGUGGACUUGAGGAAAAUCAAGGGAUUUUCUCUUCAUGUGGAGAGGGUGAAGUCAGCUUCUGAAUGCGAGAUGAAGAUGAAUUCUGUGACAAUGGAGAAGAUCACGGUCCCAUCCGGAACAGUUUCUCAGCUGUCUUUCCAGGACUGUCUUCCUCUGCACAUCAACGCCACAACUAGUGGAGUCAUUGGUUGUAAUCAACUUAAAGACUGCCCAAAGUACCCAGUGCCUCUCGUGGUGCCUUCCCUGCCAAGCUGCUUUCCGUUUCCUUUGAGCGCCGUGACAUGGACGCUUCGUCCCCCUCCACACGGCACCGUAGAGUUGAGCUCUUCAGCCGGACCUCUGAAGCAGUCCCUGCCGGGUCAGCCGUGCAAUGACAGCAUCAUUGCCCUGACGGAGGAUGACGGCACUACCCUAGGUCGAUUCUGUCCGGAGGGGGCCAUUCAAAAGAUGCAAAUCCACACCAACGUAUCGGUCACUGUGACCAGAGUGGGGGGGCAAGCACUGAGAGCUUCUGUCAAGCCAGUGUUGACUGCUAGCUUGAAAGGAGAGAUAGCGGAAAGGUACAUAUUCACAGUAUCCCCCAAAAGAGACAAGCCCCUCUUUUUGGCGACCCCCGGGUGGCCAGUGGGGAUGGAAUCGUACGCUACCGUCUCCUGGAUCGUUUCUCUCCCUUCGAAGAUGGAGGCUCACUUGAAGUUCGUCAACCUCAGCCAGCCCAAGUGCGCCAACCGCCACACCAACAUCCGGGUGCAGAGGUUCAACAGUCCAGAGGAGGACUACAGUCGCAGGGAAGACGAGGCGGCGGAUGAAAUCAGCGUCUCUGAAAACUUUUACCUUAACAUGUCCAACUGCAUGCCUGAAAGGGGAGACUUCAAGGUCAUCACGGAGAUAACAGUCCAGAAAAACCAGCUGUUGAUUAUCAUAGUGAGCGUGGUCGCUGCCCUGGUGGUCCUUUUUAUCGCCGUGCUGUUGGUGGUGUGUUUUGUAAUUAAGAAGAAGAAAAAGAAGCUUGAGCAUGAGGUGUCCGUCUACAAUCCCAAUGGCACCAGUUUCCAGCCGGGGCACAAUGUCUUCCCGAAAUCACGCGAAGACAACGAGUCCCAUGUGUACGCCUCCAUUGAGGACUCGCUUGUCUACACGCACCUGCUGAGAAAAGGGGCCGAGAUGGGCAUCUACACGGAAUCGGACACAUACCAGUCCUUUAUGGGCCACACGGACACUCAAGUGUCAAAAGAUGCCGGCGACGUUGAAACGGGAGUUUAUCAAGAGUAUCCAGUGUCAUCUCAGGCGCCCCCGCUUCCAAACAGGCCCCCGAGCCACAGCCACACACUCGUGGACAAUGUGAUCUACCAGACCCAGCCUCCCUUGGACGAGCAGUCGGCAAAGAUGGGGCCGAGGCUGGAGCCGGAGGGAGGCAACUGA